GAGAGAGAGAGAGAGAAGUGUCAGUAGGCCAUGUUUUCCACCAUCACUUGCCUUAAAUGAGAAAAUAUUGUUCAGCUCAACACUUUUCAAGGGAAACAUAGUAACCCUCUUCAUUUCAUUUUAUAUUUUCCCCCCGAUCUUCAUCUCUUUCCUUCGUUUGCUCCUUUGAAACUGUGCAAAGUUUUUCAAGAAUGUUACUUUGGUGGGAUUUCUUUGAUUUUAUUGAUGAAAAAAAUGGAGAAAGAAGAAAAAACAUUGACAAAGGAACAUGAUGUUGGAGAUGCUGCUUCAAGACAAGGAAGAGUUAUUGUCCCUAUUCAACAGGUUGAAGAUUCGGCAGGAAUAACCGAGGAAACGACGGAUGCUCGUAACUCGAAGCAAAGCGAUCUCUUUCUCGAGAUACCCUCGAGAACUCUGGAUGAUUCCUCUCAAGAGUCCGUCACAAUUAAGAUGCCUCAAACACCUAGUUUGACUCCCAGGAAAGUGAAUUUUCUCUUGACACCGAUUCCAUCUGAUGCACGGAUUAAUGGAUCCUCAGGUCCCUCGUCAUCAAAAGGCAAAACAUUGAAGAGUCUCUUACCGAAACUAAGCUUCAAGCACAGAACUAUAAGUUCAGAUAUUGAAAAGGCUGCGAACGUUGCUCCUGAAUCUUCUUGUACUUCUAUAAGAGAGAAGCCUUCCAUCUCAAGGACACUGUCACUUACAAAGAUAUUUAUUCCUAGGAUAAAUAGGACAUCAUCAUUGCCUGUAACUCAAACCGCACAUUAAAACCUGGAAUCCAUAAGCGGGGGAAGCCUAGGUGGCUCUGUAAGUUUC